GCAUGGUGACGGCGUGAAUGGCUGCAGAGCCGCUCGGGCUUUGACAAGGGCUUCUAGCAGUGUUUACAAGCCAAACGAGGGAUAGCGAGAGGGACGCGACCACGUUGCGGCGGAAACCGCAGCUUCCGCGUGCCGGUCGAUUGCGUGUCUGUUGGAUGCGCUUCCGUACCGUUCCAUCCCUCCACGGCGCACCCGGGUCUGACCCGACUCACCUCACCUCUGCGACAUUGAUCACACUCGACCUCCAUCCGGCAAACUCCCAUACAUGCGCGCCGACGUGCGCUUGUUCCUUCCAAAAUGACGGCCUCUCCCGCCGGCUCAACGGCCUUCUUCGCCCUGGCCCUGCUCACCAUUGCCGCCGCCGUGCUCCUCCUCCUACGAUACUACCUCCCCCUACGGACCACGCCCGCAUACGUGACCGUCCCCGUCUUCCUCACCAUCGCACUCCCCGCCUCCAUCGUCCUCCUCGUCCCGAUCGACCUCGCAAGCAGCGCCGGCACCAAGGGCAUAUGGCUCGGCGAGAACGUCGUCUACAAGUCAUGGCGCGUCAUGUAUUGGCUCACCUUUGUGCUGUCCUGGGCGAUCCUGCCGCUGCUGGGCGAAUACACCGAUAGCGGGUACCGGGAGCCCAAGGCGCGCGCGCUAUACAGCGUCAAGAGCAAUGGGCGGUAUUGGGCUAUUAUGCUGGGGACAGGGAUUCUUGGUCUGCUGUACUUUAUUUGGUACAAUGGGUUCCAUCUGGAUGAUUUGAAGGGGACAGUUAUGGCGCUGGCGUAUGCGUGGUCGCUCGCGCUGGCGAUAUACCUGAUGGGACAUGGGCUCGUUGCGUUUCCGCGGAGUCUGUAUCGCUAUGCGAGCAUUACGGGGAGGCUGAAGAGGCUGCAGGCUCAGGCGCCGAAGAUUCAUGAGAGGUUGACGGAGAGCAUGGAUAAGCUGGAUCAGCAUGAGUGGCAGGUGGUGCAGCUCAAGCAGAGGAAGAAUGCCAUGACACGGGAGUUUCAGGAGUGGAUCGAUGAGUUGGCGGAGAAAAGCAGUCUGCCUGAGAGCAGGGCGAGUCUGGUUGGGCGCACGAGCACGGCGACGGUGCCGCCGGUCAUCACCGAGAGGUAUCUCGCGGAUCUGACACGGAAGUUGAAAAGAGCGAGGCAUGCGAAGGUACGGUUUGAGAGCGAGUGGGAUCGACUGCUCCACAAGGCAAUCAAGACACAGGCUAUACUCGACUCAAAAGCAAGUCAACGAUUGGAGUUGAAGGCGUCGCAGUUCCAGACACGCAAUGGCGGCUUCUUGCAUCGAACUUCGUUGCUCACGCCCUACACUCGGUAUCUCCUCCACGUACACGUUAUACCGACACUAUUCUACCUCGCAUGGGUUCUCACAUCUCUGGCAUCCUUGGCAGUCGUAUGGUCCGAAUGCAUCCGCUCCUUCGUCCGCGACACCAAGCUCUCCGUCAUCGGCCUUACGGUUGUACAUCACCCACCAUCUUCGCGCGGCCAAAUAGGAUUCGGCGGCCAAUUUAUUGCCGCCCUGUGGCUGUGCUACAUGCUGACCUGCUCCUUCUUCUCCCUGACGGAAGUCAAGAUCUGGGGAAACCGCGCGCUCGUCCGCCGAAACACAUACCAAGAAUCCGCAACGUGGUAUUCCCUCCAGCUCGCCAAGCUGACCGUCCCGCUCUCGUACAACUUCGUAACUUUCAUGCCGCGCAUGAUCGUCCACGAAACAAGCUUCUACAGGCUCCUUGGGAAGUACAUCGAGCUGACGCCCGCGGGGCAAAAGUUCAGCGACUACUUCCCCAUCAUCAUCCUCGUGCCCGUCCUCGCGACCGCAUUCGGGCUCUACAAGAAAGUUAAGAACAUCAGCGGGUUCGGGGAUCUGCUGGAGGACGAGGAAGACGAAGCUAUCGAGGCAGCGGGCACCGGCGGCUGGCGCGAGGGCCGCGCCCUCAUCGAGCGCGAGAUUCAGGCAUCGUCGAAUAACGGCAGUCUUGGGCUUACGCCGCGGCGCCCUUCGCCGCCUGGUGAGCGCUACAGCGAUAACCCGCCGCUCGCGGCCAAUGCGGAGUCGAGCUCGAGGCGGGCGCCGCUGGGAAGGAGCCAGGUUAUUGAGGAGGAGGCCGACGGCGGGUUCUUUGAGAGCUUUGGCAACAGGGUCAAGAACACAUUUGAGACGAGGGAUUGGAAUUUGAACUUUGAGCGGCCGAGGUGGCUGGGUGGGGAGAAUGAAGUGGAGAGGGGGCAGCGAAGUAGAGGGGCCGCUGGUGGUGGAGCCGGAGUCGGUGGGGAAAGGGGCGGUGGGUUGUUGGCUCUGUUUGGAGGACGACCUGAGGAGGGGAGAGUGAGGUUGUAGGCUUGGGAUAUUGGGCUGGGGCGUUGCAUGAGCAUUGUACUGGCGUUGUGAGAUUAUUAUAUCAUAGACUGGGAUGGUGGUGAAAGGCGAGUGUAAUGUAGAGAUAGUUGUAAUACUUCAUCAGUACCAACACA